AUGAGGGGGAUUUUUAGACUGAGCAUAUAUGCAAAGAAGUGCAACAUUUUGACGUUAAAGUUUUUAUUUGACCCGCAGGGGUUUUGCAGUAAAAUGCAUUGUGCGUCGAGGCGUCAACCGCAAACUCCACAACAUACGUUGAAUCGCUCACAAGCGGUUUCGCUUCUCUGGGGUUCAUCAGGUAGACACAGUCCCAGAGUUUCCGUCAACUACAUGUUCUAUUUGAAUACAAAAAUGCAUAUACACAAUCAAAGCUUAACAUCCAUGGCUGAGGCUAGCGUAAGGGAUUCCAAGAAAUACAAUCGUUUGCAAAUCAAUUUGGCUUUCACGAGAGACUCAACUGAAUCUCUCGUUUAUGAUAUUCUACAACUGAAUGUGUUGCACCCAAGCCUCUCCAUGUUUCAGUUGGCACGAUAUUCGAGAUAUCGCAUGGUUUUUCGGUACCUAACUGCCAUGCCAUCCGAAGGAGGCACGAAGUCUCGGAUAUUAUCAGGUUGCCCGGGGCUAGACAGGAGAAGUCCGGAUGCUGAGGUUGGGUUCGAACCAUGGACGUUUCGCAAUUUGGUUUUCACGAGAGACUCUAUUGAAUCCCUCGUUUAUGAUAUUCUACGGCUGAAUGUGCUGCACACAAGCCGCCUCAUGUUUCAGUUGGCACGAUAUUCGAGACAUCGCAGUAUAUUUUCAUGA